AUUUUGUCCUCAUUAUCCUUCCAGGCUAGAUCCUACAAAAGCUUCGAAGCGUUGGUUCGCCCAACCCCGUGCGGAGUACAUUUACCUGCUUUACCUGGUAGUUCACUUGAACCCAUCCCCCAAUCCCCCGCAGCCCGUGGCCCAUAUACUGCGCUUACUGUGCCCGCUAACCCAAAUCUGGCCAGAAAGGGGUCGUUCCUUAGUGACCUCGAGGGUCAUCCAGUCAAAGACAUGAAUCCACGACGUAACAUGAAGGCACUGUAUAGCGUUGAGAGCAACAAUUCACUGGGAGACAGCUAUCGGGCCCCACCUCGGAGGGCGACUUCGGUAUCAUUUUCGUCUGUAACAACUGAGGGAUCUGCUCUAUAUGAGCCAUUCGUUCCUCCACCGCCUCCGCUCCCCAUAAACGGAUUGUUAUUUGACGGUCCUCCGCGUCAGAGGAAGAGGAGCAAUGACACGUGGGUAAAUUUGAUGCCUUCGUCGACGUCUCCAAAGCCUUGUGCUGUUCCUGCCCGGAGAUCCAACUCUGCACCUCCAUCCAGCCCGCCCUUAGUGCAAGUUCAUGAAAUUAAGCCAAUUCCUCGCCGUCUGCCCCCUCCAAUUCCUAUUCCUCCCAGAAACCCUAAUCGUCCGCUGUCCGCGAUUAUUUCUGUGGAUUCACGUCAAGAUGUUUCUGCGAAUUCUACCCAAGAUGCCACCGUCACAACAUCCGACACGUACCAUUCCGCGUCCUCAAACUCUACCCCUAAUGAUUCUCCUGUUGUCCGACCCCUCACCCCACUGAGCCCCGCUCGCAGCGCUGGCAAGCUAGACGAGAUGCCAUCUACUGCAUCAUAGGGGCUUUGUGUAGCACAGCUUAUUUGCAAUUCUCAUUUGUGGUUUAUUCAUUUACGCUCCUGCUUUUCACCCUAUCUAUUCUGAACCCCCCUUACUUAUUUCCUGUUGCAUUACCUACUCGACUUGGAUCUCUCGCUUCUGAGUGAUAUCCUUCUUCUAACAUUAUCUCUCGGUGACCGCCAUCUCGGCGAUCCUAUGUAAAUACCCGUCGUACCAUAUAUACCGAGCCUCUGGACUUUUGCUGCUUUCAUUUUUCCAACGUGGCUUGGAUUGUUUGCACUUAUCUUUGCACAAUCCGAACGGAAAUCGUGUUUAGACGCCGGCCCGGAAACAAGUCGAACGUGUCUAACCAACUGUCCAAUAGGAAUG